CAUUUAAUUAGGAUCUAUAGUGGCUCUGUGUUGACUGGUCAGUCGCAAAGAGAAGGGUAGCGCGUGAUUUAGGAGAAAGGUUUUGUCUAAAGACGUGGCUCAAAAAGGGGUUUUGCUAUUUUGGGUUAGUCAGUCAAAUAGUGUCUUUAGACAGCGGGAGACAGAUACGCGCACACAGGCUCUCCAGACGGAGGUUGCGCUUCCAGUCUCUUGAUACGCGCAACAGAUUUCUGCUUAGUGACAGGGGGAUAUGUGGUUUUGUUUUUAACCCAUGUGCUCGUUUCAUUUUUCGUCACUCAAGAUCUCUUCGUUUUAGGACAUUUUAACUGGAACUGGAAUUUUUGGAAUGGGCGCAUGAGAUGUUUUUGAAACGAUAACAACACAAAGGAUAGAGGCAGCUCGACAAAGGAAGCGAUAAUAAUUUUAGGAGUUUAUCUUUUCGUGUGUGUGUCUGCUAGAGAUUUUUGGACACGCAACAUGGAUACAAGCAAGGGCACGUUCUGUUGUGCCACUUUUCUCAAACUUGCUGUGCUUGUGGUACUGGCGCGUCACGCCUCGGCUAAAACCUUGAAAUACCAGGUGUACGAAGAGCAGAGGGUCGGUACAGUGAUUACGAGACUCAGAGAUGAUGUUGCUGAUGAUUUAUCGAAACUUCCGAGUUCAGUAUCGUUACGCUUCAGAGCCAUGCAGCGAGGCAGCGCAUCUCUGCUCUCCGUGCGCGACCAGGACGGUGAGAUCAGCAUCAGGACCAAAAUAGACCGCGAGAAACUGUGCGAGAAGAACCUCAACUGCACUAUCGAAUUUGACGUUCUCACCCUCCCCACUGAACACCUACAGCUGUUUCACAUUGAAGUGGAAAUUUUGGACAUUAACGACAAUGCGCCACAGUUUGCGCGCCCCGUCAUUCCCAUAGAGAUAUCAGAGACCGCAGCCGUGGGGACGCGCAUUCCCCUUGACAGCGCCACCGAUCCAGACGUCGGGGAAAACUCUUUAAACACGUACUCUCUGACCUCGUCUGACUUCUUUAAGAUUGAGAUCCUAACCAGAACCGAUGGCGCGAAGUACGCGGAGCUCGUAGUGCUUAAAGAAUUGGACAGGGAGAUGCGAGCGAGCUAUGAACUCCAACUCACUGCCUCAGACAGGGGCGUUCCCCCAAAAUUCGGAUCAACGCUUCUCAAAAUAAGCAUAGCUGACUCGAAUGACAACAAUCCGGUAUUUGAAAAGCCAUCUUAUGUGAUCAAUUUGCUUGAAAAUUCACCUGUUGGCACUCUGCUCCUUGAUUUAAAUGCCACUGACCCAGAUGAAGGGACCAAUGGAAAAAUCAUAUACUCUUUUAGCAGCCACGUCUCCCCCAAAAUCUUAGAGACAUUUAGAAUUAAUUCUGAUACCGGUCACUUAACUCUAACAAGGAAAGUGGACUUUGAAACCACAAAUUCAUAUGACAUAGAUGUUCAAGCUCAGGAUAUGGGCCCUAACUCUAUGCCUGCGCACUGUAAGGUCAUAAUCAAAGUGGUGGAUGUGAAUGACAACAAACCAGACAUCAGUAUCAACAUGAUGUCUACAGGCAACGAAGAAAUAGCUUAUAUAUCAGAGACGGCUCCUGUAGAUACAUUUGUGGCUCUGGUGAGGGUAGAUGACCUGGACUCUGGGUUGAACGGUGAGGUGGAGUGUCGACUUCACGGCCAGGGUCAUUUCAGGUUGCAUAAGACAUAUGAGAAGAACUACAUGAUCCUCACUAACGUCACCUUGGACAGAGAGAAGAGGUCAGAGUACAGUUUGACAGUUAUUGCAGAAGACAAAGGCUCUCCAAGUCUAUCUACCAUGAAACACUUCACCGUGCAGGUUCAGGAUGAAAACGACAACGCACCAAGAUUUGAGAAGACCAGAUAUGAGAUUUCAAAGGCGGAGAACAACCCGCCCGGAGAAUUUCUGUCCUCUGUGCGGGCCUCGGAUCCAGACCUGGGCCCAAAUGGCCAAGUGAGCUACUCCAUAGUUGAAAGCGUGGUCCAUGGUAGUUCCAUCUCCACUUAUGUCACCAUUGACCCCUCCAACGGAGACAUCUAUGCAUUGCGUACUUUUGAUCGGGAAGACGUAAGUCAGAUCUCCUUUCUGGUCCAGGCCCGGGAUACCGGAAGCCCUCCGCUUCUUAGCAAUGUGACUGUAGCGUUGACCGUGUUGGACCAGAACGAUAACAGGCCGGUCAUUAUGAUGCCACAACUGUGGAACCACACAGCUGACGUUCCAAUUUCUAAAUAUGCAGAGGCUGGCGACAUGGUGACGAUCGUCGGGGCGAUAGACCGCGACUCCGGUGCCAACGGUGACCUUUCGUGUUCCUUCAUAGGGGGCAACGAUGGAGGUUACUUCAACAUAGACGCUAAAACAUGUGAAAUUCGCACUAACGUCAGCAUGCAGGAGGUUCCAGUGGACCAUGUGGAACUGACCAUACAAGUACAGGAUCAUGGAGCAGAACCGCUCAGCACCAGAGCCCUGCUGAGGGUUUCCCUUUAUGAAAACAUUGAGAACCACAUGAACCCCCAUCUGACAGGUGGUGGGACAGAAGACAACCCUCUGGAUAUUUCCAUGAUCAUCAUCAUCUCACUUGGCGCAAUCUGUGGCAUCCUGCUGAUCAUCAUGGUGGCCUUUGCCCUCCGCUGCUCACGGGAAAAGAAGGACACUCGCUCUUACAACUGCAGGGUGGCUGAGUCCACAUACCAACAGCACCCUAAAAAGCCCUCACGACAGAUUCACAAAGGCGACAUCACCCUGGUACCCACCAUCAAUGGGACACUCCCAAUACGGGCGCACCAUCGCUCGCCCACUUCCUCGCCCGGACCCGAACGGGCCCACAUGGGCAGUCGACAGAGCCAGCACAGCCGCCAAUCGCUGAACAGCUUGGUCACUAUCUCCUCCAAUCACAUUCCUGAGAGCUUCGCCCUGGAACUUUCACAUGCCACGCCCCCCGUGGAGCAAGUCUCACAGCUCCUUUCAAUGCUCCAUCAGGGUCAGUAUCAGCCGCGGCCAAGCUUCAGAGGGAACAAAUACUCUCGCAGCUACAGGUACGCCCUCCAGGACAUGGAUAAGUUCAGUUUGAAAGAUAGCGGGCGUGGCGACAGUGAUGCGGGCGACAGCGACUGCGAGAUGGGCCGCGAUUCGCCCAUCGACCGGUUGCUAGGCGACGGCUUCGGAGACCUCUUCCACACCGAUGGACACCACCGUCUCCACCCUGCAGUAAUGAAAUUGUGUACAGAGGAGUGUCGUGUGUUGGGUCACUCUGACCAGUGCUGGAUGCCCUCCCAGGCGUCUUCAGAUUACCGCGUUAACAUGUACAUCCCCGGAGAGGAGAGCAAGCCUCAAGUCAUAGAGGACGACCAGCAGUCCAUCGACUCGGCCAAGAGGAGCUUUUCGACUUUCGGUAAAGACCACGAGGACGAAUACGGCAGCUCUCUGCUGACGGAAAUGAACAACGUCUUCCAACGUCUCCUACCACCUUCUUACACCGAGGUCAGAGAGACUGACGAAUCCGCUGCUCUGCCCUCUUCCUCCGUUGCCAUGGAGAUAAGAAAGGGCUUUCUGCCGGGUAAGGCGUCGGGUUCUACUGGCCCCGCCUACCCGCAGGGCGUGGCCGCCUGGGCGGCCAAUACACACUUUCAGAAUCCCGGCGGCGCUGUGACGAGCGGACACGGCUCGACCAAUCACGCGGCAUCGCAGGCGCAUUUAAAAUGGCUGCCGGCGAUGGAGGAGAUUCCGGAGAACUACGAAGAGGACGACUUGGAGAGCGUGCUCAGUCAGCGGCAGGGAAAACGCAAUGACACGAGACACGAAGUUGUCGACGCUAGCGAACUGGUUGCCGAAAUUAACAAACUACUUCUGGACGUACGCCAGAGCUGAACAACAACAACAAUCUGUGAAAGAACAUCCCCCCCUCUCAUUCUUACUCUUUCGCGUCGAGUGAAAUAAUCAUUUAGAGAAGGAGAGCGGGAGAUCGUUCACCGCUGUAGCCUUGAUCGAGUCGCAUGUGAAAACGUUUCUUUAGUAUCGUUUACUUAAAAAUUUGAGAUUUUGAAGAUUUUUCCGUCUUUUUGUACAAACGUGAACACAAUGUGAUUGUGUACCUGCCUUUUCAUUAUUAUGUUUUUUACUUCAUAUUUAUAUAUAUAUAUAAUGUAUGUGUGUGUGUAUAUAUAUGUUUGUACAGAAAGCAAUACAAAUGUCUAUUUUUUUAUAUUUUAGUGCAUGUAAAAUCAAACCAAGAUUUGGAUUUGUUUGUACACCGAAAAAUGUUUCAUGCGUGUGUACGGUUGUUUUCAAUCAAUACAGAUUUCACAGUAUAUAUAAACUAUUGUCGGUGGUCCGGUUCUCUGUUAUUAUUGUGAACACUGAAAUACUGAGUAGUGCUAAGCAAGGUUAUCUUACGGUGGUUUAUGCAUCAGCCACAAGUGACUGUGAAAUUUCUUUACAAGGACUUCUCUUUGUCAACAAACCUUUCCCUUACGACUUUACAAUGAUGUUGCAUUGAAGACUUUACAAAUCUGUUGCAUUAAAGAUAUAG